AUGGAUCCACACCACUUGCAGACCUUCUUCGGCUAUCCGAGCGUAAAGGAGCCUACACUCGAUCCAAAUACUCAAUAUCCUUGUUUCAAUACCUCCAAUCACAGCGAAGACUCCGGGAGCAGUCUGUUGAAAGAAGAAAACCUACGAAAGCUCCAAGAGCAGUUUCUUCCUCAAAACUACCGAAAGCCUUCUGCGAAGAACAUCAUUUCCACGAACGACCAAUAUCCGGCGCUUCUUAAGAGACGCGGUUGCAUCUUAGUCCCAACAGUCGAGAAACGCAGGCCCUCAAACUGCGAAACCAUAACAAAAGCACUAGAAGUCACACGAGAAGAACAGACGCCACCUCAGAGCUAUGCAAUGACAUGGGACCUAACAAGGAACACCAACAGCAAAGCUGGAGUUACUUUCGUCUUCACGGCAAAAGUUCUCGAUUACGAGAUCUUAUGUCAAACGGGUCGAGACGUACGGUCGAACCUCGCCGGCCAGUGGAGAUAUGGCCAUCCUCUCCCAUCCGGCGGUUCAACCCUGCAGAUCGCUGCCCCGAACCCUGACAUGACCAUCGGUUACAACAGAGAUGAGAUCACAGGCUGUGAUGAGGCAAUCGAAUAUCUAGGCGAAUAUUGCACACCAAUAAAAGGAGACGGCUUACUGGCAUUUCCUGUAGCUACCGCCGAGAUCAAGCAUAUCACAGGCGAUGCGUAUGCCGAGCGUCAGAACAUGCACAACGCCGCGAUUAUGUUGCGAAAUCUCCGCAAACUGCGCCAGCUAGCAGGCAUGGAAGAGGAAGAACUCAGGACAAAAUUCGAUGGCAUCGCACAUGUCAUUACCAUUUCUUUCACACAAACCACAAGCGCCAUCUACUGUUGCUGGUCAGCAGUCGCCGAAGAUGGCCAGCUUCAGUUCUUCUCCAAGCCUAUCGCUUUUUCGUGGACGAACAACGGCGUAGAACCUUUCCGCGUUAUGGUUCAUAAGAUCCGCAACGCAGUGGACUGGGUCAUGGAAGCUAAUAAACAGUGGAUUCGCGAUGAUAUGGCGAAGCUUCAGGGACGGUUGAAUACAUUAGAUCCACUUAUGCCGGACUUGUCAGCAUCAACAGCAUCUAUAGGUAGUGAGAUGACUGAUUAG